AUGGACCAAGGAAAUACCUCAAGAGUGACUGAAUUUGUGUUACACAGUCUUUCAGGUCCUCGAGAGGCACAACUGUUCUAUUUUGUGUUUUUCACACUUUUCUAUUUAUCCAUUGUGCUGGGAAACCUCCUCAUUGUGCUCACAGUCCUCUCUGAACCUGCGCUCCACACACCCAUGUACUUCCUGCUCAGCAACCUCUCCUUCAUUGAUAUGUGUCUAUCCACUUUUGCCACUCCCAAAAUGAUAGUUGACUUCCUCACGGAGCUUAAGACCAUCUCCUUUGAGGGAUGCAUGGCCCAAAUAUUCAUUCUACAUGUCUUUGCUGGUGCUGAAAUGAUGCUGCUUGUGGCUAUGGCAUAUGACAGGUAUGUAGCCAUAUGUCAACCCCUGCACUAUGCAGUCAUCAUGAGUAUACGCAAGUGCAUAAGCCUUGUGAUGGGCUCCUGGCUGAUGGGCCUCUUGCAUUCACUAAGCCAGUGGUUUUUCAUAGUAGAUCUUCCAUUCUGUGGUCCAAAUAACGUGGACAGCUUUUUCUGUGACCUUCCCUUGGUUGUUAAACUUGCCUGCACUGAUACCUAUAUCCUUAAGAUACUGAUGCUUUCAAACUGUGAUCUAAUGGCUAUGAGUGCCUUUCUGCUUGUGCUCAUCUCCUACACAGUCAUCCUGGUCACCAUGCGACGUAGAUCCUCAGUGGGCAUGACUAAGGCCCGGGCCACCCUGACUGCCCACGUCACGGUGGUGAUCCUCUUCUUUGGGCCCAGCAUCUUCAUCUAUGCCUGGCCUUUUAACAACUUCCCACUGGAUAAGGUUUUCUCAGUAUUCUAUACUGUUUUCACUCCUCUUUUAAAUCCCUUGAUCUACACGUUAAGAAAUAAGGAGGUAAUAUCAGCAAUGCAGAAAAUGAGGAAACAAAAAGUAAGUACUUAA